GUUGCGCAUUUCGAUUUCGACGGCACGGGUGGCGUUCAACUCGGUGGUCUUCUCGUCAAGUUCGGCCUUGAGUGUGGAAAGUUCCUCCUUCUUGGCAGCAAGAGCUUCCUUGGCCUCCUCGACUCUGGUGGUGUAAUCCUCAGCCUUGGUACCCUGGUUCUCAAUCUCCUCCUCGAGUCUCUCCAGGUCCCGAUUGGCAGCCUCGAGCUCCUUGGAAGCCUUGGCGUGGUCCUUCUCGAGCUUGACCUUCUGCUUCUCAGCCUUGACCUUGCGGACCUCGGCGCUGGAGACCUCCUCGUUUUGGGAACGAAUCUCAUCCUUGAGAUUGUCCACCUUGGUGCGCUGUUGCCGGAGCUUCUCACCACCAACCUCCAUAAUCUUGUCCUGCAGCUCUUUAAUCUCAUCCUCGACACUAGAAGUCUCGCCAUGGAGCUUCUCAAUCUCCUUGUUAAGCUUGGCAAUCUCCUUUUGCAAUACGGCAACCCGGUUGUCGUCUGUCUGGGAAGGCUGGUGCUCCUUGCUGAGUUCCUUAAUUCUGCGCUGAGCAUCCGCCAAGUUCCUGGAUGAACUCCCAAUCUCGAGGUUGAUCUUCUGCAUCUUGGUGUCAAGCUGUGGGAUCUGCUCCUUGAGGGAACGAAGACGAGCCUCCAGCUCACGUUGAUGAUCUUGGAACUCUUGGAAUCUCUGCUCAAAGGCAUCGCGAUCAGCCUCCACCUUGUCCACCUGCUCCUUGCUGAUCUCGGCCACCAGCUUGGACGACAUCAAUCCCUUCUUGACUGUCGUACCACCACCAGACAUGGUACCAGAUUUGUCAAUCAGCUCGCCGGCCAGAGUGACAACACGCCAUCUCUUGGCGCCAUAGGCGAUGCGGUUGGCCUGGGCAAGAUCUUCCGCAACCAAUGUAUCUUGGAGCGCAUGGUAGAAAGCAGGUCUGAACUUCUCAUCCUUGGGCUGAACCAGGUCAAACAGACGGGGCGCAUCCUCGGGAGUCUUGAUGGGUGAGAAGUCACGGACUCUCAGCUUGUCCAAGCACAUAAAGUUGCCGCGACCCAAGUUGGUCUUGCGCAAGUGCUCGAUGCACUGCUGACCAGCCUCGACAGUGUCCGUGACAAAGUUGUCAAGCUGACCGCAAGCCGUCGAGAUGGCAACGUCGUACUUCUUGUCGAUGGCACCGAGGUUGCCAAGCCGCCCGUGGAAGCCGUCAAUACGACCAGACUCCUUCAUGCGCAUAAGCGCCGUUAGGACAUUGCCUUGCGUCUUGGUAGCCGAAAAGCUUGAGCGAGCCUCGUCCGCCUUUUGCCGCAGGUUAGACAGCUUAGCGCGGAAUUUUGGCUCUUCCUGAGCAAGCUCCUCCAGCUCAGCAACCACUCUUCUGCCCUCCUUCUUGAGCGCAUCCUUCUCAGCCUGGCACGCCUUGAACUCUUCCGCCUUGGCCGCCUGAAGUUCCUGAAUGGCCACAAUCUUGGCCUCCAUCUCCUCAAGCGCAACACCACCAGCCUUGGCCUUUUCCUCCAAGAUGGCCAACUCACUUUCCGCCACGGCGAUAGCAGAUUGCUUCUGGUUGAUCUUCUCCUUCCAGGGCUCAAGCGACUUUUGCUUCGCCGCAAUCUGAUCGGACAUGUGCUGAGUCUUGCCCUUGAGGCUGUCGCGGAUCUUGGUCAGCUCUUCCUCCUCCUCCUUGAUCCACCUUUCGAUGUUCUCGAUCUCAGCCGCACGCCUCUCGAUAUCCUCAGCGCAUUCCUGAAUGGUCUGGUCGGCCUGCUCUGCCGAGUUCUCAGAGUUGGCAAUGGUCUUCUCAAGCUUCUUACGCUUAUCGGCCAAGAACUUCCGCUUCUCCUCGAACUUGACGCGCUCCUGCUCAAACUUGGCCAUCUCCUUGAUCAGGGCCUGAGUUUCCUUUUCUUGAGCCUCAUACUCCUUGUUGCCCUUGGCGUGAGCCUUCUCCAGCUGCUUGAUGAUCUGCUCGCUGCCGUUGUGCUUCUCGAGCUCGGCGUUGAGUUGUUCCUGCAUCUGACUGAUGGCUUCGUCUGUGACAGCUAGGUUAUCCUCGCAUUGGCUGAUGUAGAGUUGGUACAAAGCGGACUGCUUCAUGGCAAGCUCAUUUUCAUCACGAAUGAAAGCCAAAGCCUUGUUCUUCUUGUCCUCGAGGCUCUGCUUCUCCUUCUCAACGUGUUGAACACGACCGCUCUUUUCCAAGCAGAUUUCAUUGAGUGUCUCGACCUCGGCGGCUGAUUCCUCAAUAGGUGUCUUGUACUUGGAUGUGCCAAUGAUGUCCUCAAGAUACUCGAGAAGACCAUCAUCGUGCUCGUUGGCAGCCUUGGCCUUCAUCUGCGCAAUAGACUCGACUUCACCCUGCAGAAUCAAGAAACGCUUGUGGUCAAGAUCGACCCCGCGGUCCCGGAGCAACGUUGUGACAGUUGUGAAGUUGGAGGUCUUUCCGUUGAUGUAGUAGGCGCUGGAGUUGUUUCUGAAGGCCUUGCGGGAAAUGACCAGGUCUGAGUCUGGGAUGACUUCGUGACCUCCGCCAGGAAGGUCCAUCACCUCACGGAAGUGCACCGCGACCUCGCAGUACUCCAGAUUCGGGUACUUUGCCGAGUUGUGAAUGAGGGCCGAGAUUUUGCCUUGUCUCAUCUUGCUUGCUCUGAAACCAAACACGAACAGCAGGGAGUCGAUGACGUUGGACUUGCCCGAACCGUUGGGACCGACAACCGAGGAGAAUGAAGCAUGGAAAGGCCCGACCUCCUGCUUGCCGGCAUAACUCUUAAAGUUGGUGAGCACAAGAUAAGUGAUGACAAUGCGCGGCUUUGGGCCGGUAUCUUGAAUCACGGGGAUCUGCAUUGUGCGCGACUUCAGCAUGAUAUCCAUUGGCUUCUCGAGCACUGUAUCCAUGGGCUUGAUCGGUUUGAUGGGCGCAAUCACGGUAUCGUCUUGUUGCGAAUUCGGCGGGGCAUUAUUGGUCGCAGAAGUGAUAUCGGUAAGCGGGGGGGCAUCGCGUAGGAGCUGUGCUGAUGGCGGCACAGAUGGCUUUGGAGAUUGGGUGGGAGCGUUCAAUUCAGGCGCCGGCGUGGGUGUCUUGCUUGUACGGGGCGCGACACUCUUUCGUGGUCUUCCAGCGGGCUUCUUUGCUGUGGAUGGUGGUGGUCCAACGGUGUCGUCGGCUGCCGCGACAGGCUUCUUCACUGUCGAUGGUGGGGGCCCAACUGAGGUAUCGUCGACGUCAACAGCUGAUGAUGCACCCGCUACGCUGGCGAGCGACUGGUCGGGAUCUACAUUCUCGGUACUCUCGAUAACAGGCGGUGCGGAAGGGGGGGGGACCGCAGGCGCAAGACUCUUCUUUGGGCGUCCUCUGGGCUUCCUCACUGGUGUCUCGGCGGGUGCAGCUGGUGCAAGUUCGGUAGUGGUGGUCCUCCUCCGACCUGGUCUUUUCUUCUCGACCGGUGCCGGUGUGUAUUCCUCCUCCUCCUCUUCCUGCUUCACUUUUGGGGACCCGUCGCCCAGCUCGUCCUCCGAACUCUCGACAAUAGUGGUGUUGCGCCGGGUCGCAAUCCGGCGGGACUGUCGCGUCGACAUAUUUGCGGUGUGUGUGCUACAAACGUCCAAAAGAAAUCAAGAAAACCAACAACAAACAGCGCAACAAAUCGCUGCGCAAAGGCAAGAUACACAAAGCGCCUGGCAGAUCUCCCACGCAACAGAAACACAAAACGCGCUGGUGGUCGUCGUCGAGUUUUUGUCGAGUCGUUUCAGUCCAAAAGUCGCUGCGACAAAUCCCAGAGCUCAGGCCCCGCUUUCCCCAGUUGUCGUCUGUUGACAUUAAUUGAUUGUAAACAAAUCACAAGCCACGUCUGCCCCCGCCAAAAGCCACUAGCCACUAGACACCAGCCACGAUUGACUGGUCGAACGCGUUCUUAUCGCGCGUCUGAAUUGACCAUCUUGAGAACACGCUAUCCCGUGACAGUUUUCCGCUUAACGGCAUUAUCAGCUCCACCGCACCCCGUUAGACAAGCUAAACCAAGCUUCUUUUCCCUCUAAUUCAUGAAUCAAUCGGGUCGGGUCGCACGUCGUCACAUCUGAAGCUUCAUCAAGCUUUUGAAGCCUUCCUCUGUUUACAUUCCCCCAAACCCAACCCAUCAACAUCACACCUCCCAUAACCACCGCCAAAAUGAACAUGCUCGACUUCACCCACUUCAACGCCGCCUUCCCAACCGACGGCCCAUCCCCCUACGACCCAACCUUUUCCCGCCAAAUCGAAACCUUUCGCAAAUCCUUCGACGGCGUCCUCUUCAUCGAUCGAGUCCUCCACCGCCUAGGUAUCAAAGAUGCAUCAAAAGUCUACCCCCCUCACUCCUCCUCCGCCCUCCGCUCCCUCCACAACCAAAUCAUCACCUCCUCCCCCGGCAUCUCCCCCCACGCCCGCCUCUCAGUCCUCUUCUACCUCCUCCUCGACUUUGACGAAAAACGCGGCCCCCGUACCUCCAACCUAGCCCUUUCCCUCGCCGACGAGUCGGGGCUCCCAUCCAACUACCAGAUCCUCAUGCGGGGGCUGUGGCAUAUGGACAGGUCAGAAUUCAAGUUUGCGCUGGAAUACCUCUGCCAUCCUUCCUUGCCAAGCGAGUUUGCCGACGAUAUUAUAACAGUUCUGGUCAAGCACGCCAAGAAGACGGAGGAUGAUUACUCGUUGCCGUUAGCGUAUUAUAACACUGUCCAGCCGGUGCUCAAGACGGGCGAGAGUUUGGAGCUGUUGUUUGGGGCGUUGGCGAGGACGAGCGUGACGGAGGCAUUGUAUUUUACUAGGAUGUGGCCGGAGAAUGCGAGGAGGGGGUUGUUUGAGAGGUUGGUGGGGAGUGUGAUCGAGGGUGGGGAGAGUGUGGGGGGGCGGGUGAGGGAGUUGGUUAGUUUGCCGUUGGAGGGGAGGGAGGAGGAGUGGUUUAAUGAGUUUGUGGGGGGUAGGGAGAGGGGGGGGAGGGGGGGGAAGAGUGCGAGGGCUGUUAGGGUCAUGAGGGAGGUUGUUACGGGGCGGGGGUUGGAGCAGGUGGGGGUUAAUGGGGUUGGGAGGUGGUGA